AUGAAACACUCUUUGAAGGAGGAAAAUAUCACAGAAUGUGGAUGGAAAUUUGUAAAAGAUCACAAAGUUGACGAGAUAGCUGCAGAUGCUUUUAUAUACACCACUUCGCUUGUCAAUUUAACGACCACUAAUUUCGUCCAUAACAAUGACACUGUUGUCGAAGAAAAGACUUUUAAAUAUAUUGUGAAGUCUAUCAGAAAUUAUUGUAAUCCUGAAGUUUAUAUUGGAAGUACUUUUAACACGAAGCCGAAGAUGGACCUUCAAAUUUCAAGUUUUUGUAUUGAAAUUGAUAGUAACUAG